ACGAGACGCUGGAGAGCAGAGGCGGACGUGGGAGUGGUGACGCGCGGUGGGGCGGGGCUAGGCGGCGCGGCGCGGCUCCGGAGGCGGCGCGCGCGCACUGUGAGCUCGCCCGCGCGCCGACGCACACGCGCUGCACGCAUGAAGACCGAGGACCAAACCACCGAGGAGGCGGCGCGCCGCGCGCCUGCCACGCGACGCCAGGAGAAGCCACCCUUCUCCUACAUCGCUCUCAUAGUGAUGGCCAUCCGACACUCGCCCAACAAGAGGCUGACUCUCAGCGAAAUCUAUGCGUUCCUCCAGCAACAGUUUCCAUUCUUCCGCAGCUCCUACCAGGGCUGGAAGAAUUCCGUUCGCCACAAUCUAAGUUUAAACGAAUGUUUCGUGAAGUUGCCCAAGGGGCUCGGUAGGCCGGGGAAGGGUCACUACUGGACGAUCGAUCCGUCGUCGGAGUUCAUGUUCGAGGAGGGUUCGUUCAGGCGGCGACCGCGCGGGUUCCGUCGGAAGUGCCAGGCGUUGAAGCCGCAGUUCGGGAGCGGGAGCUACCUGUGCGGGGGUGGCGUGGCGGCGCUGCCUCCGUCGCAGCCGCCGGGCUACGAGCUGGCCGGGGGCAGCGGCGCCGGCGCGGGCGGCAGCGGGUCGCUGGAAUACGGCGCGUGCGCGUACUCGCACGCGAGCUCGGGCCAGCAGCUGGCGUACGGCGGCGAGUACUGCGCGUACGGUGCCAUCAACGAGCGCGAGUGGCCGCUGCCGUACGGCGCCGUGGAGCCGGGCUACCGGCCGCCGCCCGUGUCGCCGCCGCCGCACCACGACCUGCCCGACCUCAUCCCCAACUACCAGUAUGCUGUAGCCAAUGAACAUGGCUCAGCUCCCAUGUUCGCCGGGAUGAGGGGGGUGCACGGCCAGAUGCUGAGUGGAGGGUCCUCCAUCACCGGUCUUGGAGGCUUCGGGCUGUCGUCAUCACUCCCAGCCCUCCCGGCUGACAGAUCCAAGGUCUACUCGUCACCACCGCCGACGCCCUUACCAACUCUGCCUUCACCAGCCUCGGUACCUACGCCCGGUCCACCUCCAUCGUCUUAUUACCAAUAAUUUUAUUUCUUAAUUCUUUAUGGAUAUUUUAUCACCGCUAGUAUGAACUUUUGUAAAGGUAUGGUGGUAUGAGAUAGUCUAACCGUCAGUUGCACAAAUAUCUGUUAAGUUAAAGCUUCUUUAAAUUAUUAACUAUUGCUGACUCUUUCUUUGUCAACAAGAUAAAAAGUGUCAGCAAUAGAUUUAAUGAAGUUUUAACUUUAAUGGAGCUUUGUGCCACUGAAGGUAAAACGUCGCUCGCAUCGAUAGCUAAGAUGAACGCCAAAUGUAAUUUUAUAGUAAUUAUUAUUUGUAUUUUUCAUCAGUUUUGAAAUUACUUAGUGUACCAUAAUUAUGCUUAGUUUUAUGUUAGUUGUUUAGAUUUUAGUUUAGAUGGAAGUAUUUAUCAUAAGAAUCAUUACUGAAUGGUUUCAGAAUUCAUUUUAUGUUGCUAGUUUUUUACAGUACUUCUUUAUGCUUUUCAAUAAUUCUCAAAGUCUUUUAUACUCUUAGAAUGAAUAGCUGGCUUAAUGUUAUAAAUAGGCAAAAUAUACUGUAAGACCCUGUAAAUUACAGGACUUUUCAGGGCUCUAAUAUUGUGCCUUAAUUUAAGUACAACUCUAAUAAUUAAGGUUAUCCAUCUUACUCAAUUGCACCUUUAUAUUACUGAAAAAUAAAUACUUAUAAAAGGUUUAAAAAAAAAUGUUGCUCGGUUACUGUUGUGCGAAAAUGUCAAUAUCUUGAGUUCUUUGACACUUAGGUACCCAUUUUUUUAUGAAAAUUGGUACCUACCUACUGUACUUGUAAACUUGAUUUUAUUUUCUGCUUGUUACUUGACCAAAUCAUUUUGUUUUCACUUUGAUAUUUUUGAAUUGAAAUUUUUAGUUUUUUUUUUUUUAAUAUAUGUACUUAGAUGAUAAAUUGCAAAUUCUUAAUUAAUUUUAAAUAUUCGCAGUGAUCAUUAAGUAGGACUUAGAGUUAACUUAAACCAGUAGGAUAUUAUUUUAUCAAAGUCAUUAGUAAAUUGCUAGAAUAAUAUAAUAAUAGUAAGCGUACAAAAGUAUUAAGUAUGUUAAUUAUUUCAUAUAUAUGUAUGUAUUAUUUUCUCGUGUCUAAAUGAAGACGGUGUAUUUUUAUUAGUUGUAAGCUGUUUCUUUUUUUUAAAUAAACUCUUAAUAAUUUUA